CAGCUUGCCAUCCCCGCUGGUCUCGUUCCAUCUCUACCUCUCUUUGAACCUCCCCAACGAUACUCACGACGACGACCAUGUCCACUGCAGCUGGCCUGCGCCAAUCCUCGCGCUCGCUUCUCAAGAAGCAGGCCAAGCGCACACUCAACCACUCUUUGCGCCUCUCGUCCACAACCACCUCCCAAGUCACCCUCGGUCUUCGGCGCGAAGACCCGGCACGGAUCUGGGAGCGUCGCUGCCCACUCACCCCCGAUGCUGUCAGUGAGCUAGUCGAGAAGGACGGCGUUCGCGUCCUCGUCCAGGACUGUGAUAGACGCGUCUUCCCCGUCGACGAAUUCGUAAAGGCUGGCGCGACAAUACACCCUACUCUAGAGCCCGCCCAUGUCAUCCUUGGCAUCAAGGAGACCCCUCUGAACGAGCUGGUCACCACCCCGGUUGCUUCGGACUCGGGGAAGCCCAUGGCGAGGACUCAGCUCAUGUUCUCGCAUACUAUCAAGGGCCAGCCAUACAACAUGGAGCUUUUAUCACGCUUCCUUGGAACAGGCGAGGAUGCCAAACUGUUGCCGCGUCUAAUCGACUACGAGUUAUUGACUGGCGAAGACGGCAAGCGCACCGUUGGCUUCGGUUGGUUCGCGGGAGUUGCCGGCGCCUUGGAGUCCCUUUCAGCCAUGUCGCAGGCGCACCUUGAGAUGGGGAUUGCAUCCCCAUUCCUUCACACGCCUCGGCCUCAUACCCACCCUUCGAUACCCUCUAUUCGAGCAGCAUUAAAGGGGAUUGGUGAAGAGAUAAAGAAGGAUGGUACACCCAAAUCCUUGGGUCCUUUCGUUAUCGCUAGUUUUCUUACAACUGGACAGGUCACUCAAGGUUGCCUGUCGAUACUGCAAGACCUACCUAUUGUAAAUGUUAAAGUGGAAGAUCUCCCUGCUCUCGUGAGCAAUCCGGGUACGAACUUGCACCAAGUCUACCUUGUACAUGCAUUGCCCAAAGAUUACUUGACACGACCCGAUGGUGGUCAGUUCUUGCGUGACCAUUACUAUCGUAAUCCCGACCAAUACAAGUCGGAGUUUGACACAAAGGUUGCACCGUACCUUACUCUCCUCCUUAAUGGCGUUGGCUGGCAACCAUCCUUCCCUCGCCUUAUGACUAAUGAACAACUUGCAACCGCUCUCACUCUUGCCAACCAAGUUGGCCCUGCUCGUUUCCGCUGCAUUGGAGACAUCAGCUGCGACAUCCAAGGCGGACUCGAGUUCUUGCCACGCGAAUCCACCGUCUCCGAGCCGUUCUUCAACCACCGUCCGGAGGGCCUCCCGGCCCAUCUCCCGAGCGUCCAGAUCAUGUCGGUCGACAUCCUCCCCACCACCCUGCCCCUGGACGCUUCGCAGCAUUUCUGCGGUGUCUUGAUGCCGUAUCUGCGCUCGCUCAUCAAGGAGUACAAGGGCGAGAAGAACGGCAAGGAGCACGCGAAGUCUCUUAACAGGGCGACUGUUGCGCGCCAUGGCGUGCUGCAGAGUCAGCAUGCGUGGCUGGAGGAGAAUGUCAACAAGUGGCGGGCGGAGAGCGGUAAGACGGCGUCUGCGGGCGCGUCUGCUGCUGUGACGAAUACGCCGAAGAAGAAGGUGUUGUUGUUGGGCAGCGGGAUGGUUGCUGGUCCUACGAUUGAUGAGCUGUGCAAGCACCAGGAUGUUGAGAUGAUUGUUGCUAGCAAUUUGCUUAGCGAAGCAGAUAAUCUUACCAAGCAUCAUCAGAAUGCGAAGAGCCAGCUACUUGACGUAUCAGAUGCAACGAAAGUGGGAGAGUUGAUCUCUCAGGCCGACCUCGUUAUUAGCUUGUUGCCCGUUCCAUUCCAUCCUCAGAUCGCGGAGCUGUGUAUUCAGCAUAAGAAGCACAUGGUCACGGCCUCGUAUAUUUCUGCUCAGAUGCGGGAGCUGAACGACAAAGCGGAAGCUGCAAACGUCCUUCUCCUUAACGAAAUCGGCCUGGAUCCCGGCAUUGACCACUGUUCGACCUACUCGCUUCUGGACAAGCUGAAGAGUGAGAAUAAGCGCGUCACAUCGUACAUAUCCUUCUGCGGUGGUCUUCCAGCUCCUGAACACGCUGAUGUACCGCUGGGAUACAAGUUCAGCUGGAGUCCGAAGGGUGUUCUGACUGCCGCCAAGAACUCGGCUGUCUUCAAAUUAAACGGAAAGCCCAGACAUAUUUUUGCCGACGAGCUGCUCCGGCGCUACUUCCCUGAUGUCCCGAUCUCCAACACGCUCAAGUUCGAGGGGCUGGCCAACCGCGAUAGCAAUGCGUACAUCAAGACCUACGACCUUCCUAAGUCGAAGGAAAUGUCCACUAUGCUUCGUGGCACUUUGAGAUAUCCCGGUUUCGCCGAUCUCAUGCAGCUCUUCAAAGGCAUCGGCUUGCUGAGCUCGACGCCAGAGACCAAGAUCCAGCUGGAGUCAUGGAACGACCUAACCCGCCAGGUCUUCCAGAGCUCGUUCGGCGUGAAGUUCUCGAAGAAGCCGAGCUCGCUGGAGUCCGCCUUCCGGGAUAUCAUGAGCAUCGACGACGCCAGCAAGCUCCUCCAAGCACUGGAGUGGCUCGAGAUCGCGCCCUCGAAGGACCGCGCCGCCUCCCGCUUGCCGCCCGUGCCCAAGCAGCCGACGCUGCCGAUCGACCUCCUCGCCACGAUCCUGGCGCACAAGCUCGCGUACGCGCCGGGCGAGCGGGACAUGGUCGUCAUGUCGCACGAAGUCGUCGCGUCCGGCGAGAAGGACGUCAAGGAGUGCCAUACGGCGGACUUGGUCGUGUACGGUACGCCCAGGGCGUCGGCCAUGUCGCUCUGCGUGGGUCUGCCCGUCGCGUUCGCUGCGCGCGAGAUUCUGAGCGGCAAAGUGCGCAUGCGUGGUGUGCGUGGGCCGUCAGAUCCGAGCGUGUAUACACCUGUGCUGGAUGGAUUGGCUGCGGUGGGCAUUGGGAUGAAGGAGAACGUCAAGUUGUACAACCCUGGGAUGGAAAGUGUGCUGGCGAAGGGGCUGGAGCGGCCCCUACUUUGAUGACCAUGCACUGCAGACAAAGCCGAGAAUCCCCCUUCCAAAUUUAGAAUCAAAGAGGCGUAGAAGUGUUAUAAUGUCUGGAUCACUAUUUAUCCGGAUAAAAGGCG